AUUUUUAGUUUAUUCGAAUCAAAUACUCCGUGUGUAAUAGUGUGUGAGAGAGAGGAAGAGAAAGUUUGUUUCCAUAAAUUUACUUAGCUUGCAAACUGUAAACGUAGAUUGCAGUGAGCGAGGAAGAUGGUUAUGGAUAGCAUAGAUUCUCCGUCUCCACCGUCUCAAUCUCAGUAUCAGAUCGGCCACCCGCGCCAUUUCUACCUCGCAGUUGACAGGCUUCAAUUCAAAAUGCAAACGCUGGUUGAUCUUCUCGAUUUGGUCGGUCGCCGUUCUUGCUUACCCGUUGUUGUCUGUUGCAGCACUCGCGACGACCUUGACUCUCUCUGCUCCUCCCUUUCCCCUCUCCCUUUCAUUUCCUCUUCCGCUUUGUAUAGUGACCUUGCUGAAGAUGAGCGUGCUUUUGUUUUAGAGAAGUUUUGUCAAGUGGCGACAAGGUGGAAUCAGGUUAAUCAUGCUGGAGCAGGAAAUGAGGAUGAUGUUGGGAAAGAUGAUAGAUCCCAUAUGGUUAUUGUCACAGAUGCUUGCCUUCCUCUUCUUACUUCUGGGGAGUCUCCGAUGAAUGCACAUCUUCUCAUUAACUAUGAGUUACCGGCAAAAAAGGAAACAUAUGGAAGACGUUUGGCAGCUUGUCUAACCGCUGAUGGAAUUGUUAUCAAUAUGGUUGUCGGUGGAGAAGUGGUAACUCUAAAGAGUAUUGAAGAAAGCACCGGUAUUGUCAUGCAAGAGAUGCCAAUGCAAAUUCUUGACAUUUUAUGAUGUUAAACCUUAAUCAUUACCGGAAGAAAGCAAAGAAUAUGAUUGUCUGCUUUCAUGAAUGGUUCAAGACUUGAAGAUCUCCCAUUACUUUGAAUACUGUGUCACUAAUAACUAGUUCUCUGCUACUCUUCAUUCAGUACUUGCAAGAAUGCUUCAUCAGUAUAUCACAAACAUUAUUUCCUUAAAGUUUUCUAAAUCGGUCAUAGACAUUCUAGAGGGUUCAAGCACCAUCGAGAAAUAGUAUACUUGAUACCAUUGGCUUUAGUUUUCAACCGAUUCCGAAAUAAGAAUUUUGCUUCUGCAACUAAUUUCUCCACCCUCACGUCAUUGUGGCAGAAUGUUUUUCCAUUUUUCGCCUUUCAAAUAGUCCAAAUGCAAGCAAAUCACACCGCUUUUACGAUAUGUUCACAGCUCUCCCUCAACCAAUCAAUGAUGCAAUCCUACAAAUUGAUCUAAAUGUUCAGCUCCAUCAUUUAUGUUUGGUUACUUGAAACUCGAGUAUAAAAAAAGAUGGAAGAAAUGUAAGACCUAUAUUCUUGACAUUGUUAGGAAGCACCGGAACAGAAAUCAAUGAUACACGCCUAGAUCUAUUUUGUUUUACUAUCACGAACAUGUAUGAUAAAUCAUGAAAUUAUUUUAUUUCAACUAUCAAUUCUCAAA